AUGAAGUCAUCCGUCGGCGUCAGCUCCUUCGCUGCUGUCCUUCUCGCCGUCGGCCUCUGUCUGCCUGACGGGGCCCUGGCCUCUCGCGCCUAUAGCACCACGGGCGGAGGACGCCUGACCAUCGCGACGGCACCUCCAGGCUUCUGCUACUCGAUCAUCGAGCAGAGCGACACGGACAGGUGGAACCUGCUUCAGAACGGCCACGCCCUCUUCCCGCUCAGCAUCAAUGUCGGCCACAGGGAGAGCGGAGGGCCCGAUUCUGGCGGCUGCUCCCGUCUGGAUCCGACCAACGAGGCAUUGCUGGGUGCCUACCGCGAUCUCUCAAACGGAAGCUUGAAGGACAAGUACCAGGUUCAGGUCAAUGGACAGGCGCGGGACAUCUCGCCGUCUCGCUAG